GAGUUACAGCCCAAUAAAUAUCUACAUACGCUAGCGAAACAUAUCCUCGACCCCACGCAACACAGCCGCAUUCAUUCAUUCAUUCAUCCAUCCACCAUGGCACCCUCGCGCGUCGACCACGAUGCUCUCGAGCAACAACUCAAAGACACGAUCCAAACCCUCACGAACAUAAUGGUCCAAGUAGCCAACUACGACGCGACCUCCCCGUCCUCCCUCUCCUCCUCCUCCCCCCCAAACCCCAACCCCAACCCCAACCCCACCCUCUCCUCCUCCACCUCCUCCUCCUCCCCCCGCCCCUCCCGCGAAAUCAUAGCCUCGGAGCUGCGCACCCUCUCCACCAACCUCCAAGCCAUCCACGCCCUCUCCACCUCCCCCACCUCCUCCUCCCUCCCCAGCGUGCCCCCCGAGCUAGUCCAGUACGUCGACAACGGCCGCAACCCCGACAUCUACACGCGGGAGUUCGUCGAGCUCGCGCGCCGCGGCAACCAGCUCAUGCGGGGGAAGCAGCUCGCCUUCGCGGGGUUCCGCGACGUGCUGGCCGCGCAGAUGGAUCGCGCGAUGCCUGAGUUGCGGGCGGAUGUGCGGAGGGUUGUUGAGGUUACGGGCGUGGGGAGUGCGGUAGGGACGGGGACGGGGGUGGUGAAGAGGUGAGCGUGCGUUGGGAGGUGGUGAGGUGGGAAAGAGGGGGGGGGGUGGCUAGGUACGCAUCGUAUCGCAUUGCGCGUGGACACCGCCACCUAACCAGUAG